CUGAAAUUUUAAAAACCCGUGUUUAUCAAAAAUUGAGGAUUCCGAACAACAUGCUUCUGAAAAUCCUUCCCUAAAUCUGGUCCUAGUUUGAACUCCCAUAUCCCAGUGCUUGUUAUCCCUGCUCACAUCAUGGCCGUAGCCAGGAUUUUUUCAGGGCCCUGGCAUUACAUUAUUUAAACACAAAAUCUACAAAUUCCCGAAGAGUUGGAUUUUUAUGAAAUUUAUUUUUAACUUUUUUGGAUUUUUAUCCUUUUGAUAAAAUUUACUUCAUUUUUAAUUUUAAAAUUAUUUUUUAGGAAUGGAUCAUCACUGUCCUUGGGUAAACAAUUGUGUUGGUGAAAAUAAUCAAUUCUACAUAUCUCUCCUUUCUUGCCAUACACUUUAUUGGGCUAUUAGGCAAUUUGUUUGGUGUGUUGGAAGUGAUUGGAAGCCCUGUUCUGUCUUUAGUCCACCUGCAACCACAAUUCUUUUGAUUUUUCUUUUAUUUGAAUCUGUCCUUUUUUCAAUAUUUACUGCUGUAAUGUUUGGAACACAAAUUUCGGCAAUUUGUUCUGACCAAACUGGAAUUGAGAAUAUUAAACAAGAAAGAAAUUGGAAUAAUAAUGUAAGGAGAAAUUUAAAAACCAAUGAAGAUAUUGAAAAUUGUGACAAUAAUAAUAAUAAAUCUUCUCCAGCUUGGAAGAAUUUACAAGUCGUUUUUGGUGGGGGAGGUGGACAAAAAUUUUCUUUUAAAUGGCUGAAUCCAUUUGAUGUUCCCUUCCAUUCAGAAAAAGCUUUUGAAUUUUCUGUUUAA